AUGAAGAAGUAUUUUACCCCAAUAUCGAAAUCAAGUUUAGCCUCUCAUAGUCAUAGUCAAUCUAACCAAGAAGAAAAUGUCAAUCAUUCUGAAGUACCAUCACAUUCUUCUCAAGAAUUUGAUUUGAGUACUUUAAAGUUUGAUCCCGGUGAAAGAACUUCAAUAUUGAAUUAUCAUCCAAAUCAUCGUGAUGUUAUUAGAAGAGCAUACCUUGUGAAUGGUCCUUGUCAACCUCGCUUGGAGGUGCAUGAGUACCCUCAAACAAAUAUUUCUGGAGCAAUGCGUCGUUUUAAUCAUGAAUGGUUUGAUGAUGUAUAUCAUGAUUGGUUGGAGUACAGUGUUAGUAAAGAUGCAGCCUAUUGUUUGUAUUGUUAUCUAUUUAAAGAUCACAAUAUUAAUCAAGGUGGAGGUGAAGUAUUUUCAUGUACAGGAUUUAAGAAUUGGAAUAAAAAGAGUGGUCUUGACAAGCAUAUUGUAAGACUUCUCAUAACUCAAGGACUUGCAUUUCUAGGUCAUGAUGAAUCUAAAUCAUCACUUAGUAGGGGUAAUUUUCUUCAGAUUCUCUCAUGGUAUGCAAAAAGAUGUGACAAAAUUCGUGAUUAUGUACUUGAACAUGCCCCUCAAAAUGAUCAAAUGACAUCUCCAAUAAUUCAAAAAGAUAUUGUGACUGCAUGCAAGAUAGAAACAGUUAAAGCUAUUCUCGAGGAACUAAAUGGUGACUACUUUGCCUUACUAGUUGAUGAAUCUUUUGAUAUUUCACGCAAGGAGCAAAUGGCUAUUGUAUUACGAUAUGUUGAUAGAAUGGGAUUUGUGAUGGUGCGACUUAUUGACAUUAUUCAUAUUCAAGAUACUAGUGCAUUAUCCUUGAAAGAGACAAUUAUUAAUUUACUUGCUCAACAUUCUUUGAGUCCAUCAUGUGUGCGUGGACAAUGUUACGAUGGGGCAAACAAUAUGCAAGGUGAGGUCAAUGGACUUAAAAUGUUGAUUAGGCAAGAAAGUAGAUCGGCUCAUUCUAUAUAUUGUUUUGCUCAUCAACUUCAAGUAACUCUUGUUGGGGUCUCUAAAAAAUGUGUUGAAGUGGGAAAACUUGUAGUAUUGGUCUCAAAUAUUUUUAAUGUAUUGGGAUCUUCUUUUAAGCGUAUGGAUGAUUUACGAGAUUCUCAAAAAGCAGCAAUUCAAGAUGCAUUAGAUAUGGGUGAAUUGACAAUCGGUAGGGGCUUGAAUCAACAACUUGGUCUUUCAAGAGCUUGUGAUACUCGUUGGGUAUCUCAUUAUAAAUCUUUUAACAAUUUUAUUCUUAUGUUUGGCUCUAUUGUUGAAGUUCUUGAAUCACUUGCUCUUGAUGCACGAAGUAUGGAUGAAAGAGCCAAGGCAAUGGGACAUCUUGAAUCUUGUCAAACAUUUGAGGUUGCGUUCAUGUUGCAUUUGAUGAGAGAUGUAUUAACAAUCACAAAUGAGCUCAAUAAAUGCUUACAAAGAAAGGAGCAAGAUGUUGCAAAUGCCAUGCUACUUGUUGAAGUAGCAAAGAAAAGGUUGCAAGUUUUAAGGGAUGUGUUUUGCAACAUUAUUGAUUGGCAACUUCAAGAGCUUAAUGAUCGUUUUAAUGAGGUAUCUACUGAUUUGCUCCAUGGAAUUGUUUGUUUGAAUCCAAUUAACUCGUUUUCAAGUUUUGACAGCAAAAAAAUAAUGAGGAUGGUUGAAUUAUAUCCAGAUGAUUUUGAUGAAUUUAAUAUGGAUACUCUUGAGAAUCAACUUGCAAGUUACAUUGUUGAUGUUCGUGAUGUUGAUGAAAGGUUCUCUGAUCUAAAUGGACUUUGUGAUCUUUCCAAAAGAUUAGUCCAAACAAAAAAACAUUCAAAUUAUCCUUUGGUGUUCCGCUUAGUGAAACUUGCUCUACUUCUACCAGUUGCCACUGCAUCCGUUGAAAGAGCUUUCUCGGCAAUGAAGUUUAUCAAGAAUGACUUGCGAAGUCAAAUGAGUGAUGAUUUUUUUAGUGGUUGUUUGGUGCCUUUUGUAGAAAAAGAUGUAUUUGAUAGUAUUCCUAAUGAUGCUAUUAUUAAGACAUUUCAAGAUAUGAAACCUUGUAGAGUACAAUUGUAA